UCCUGUCAUGCAGAGGAAGGCGUCCCACUCCUCACUCUACCCCUCCCUGGCCCAGUCCCAGCAGCAUCACCCCCACUUCUCUGACCUGGUGGGGGUGGAGAGUGGCCAGGGGGUUGGGGGCGUGGUUGGUGGCCCGGAGCAGACCCAGGAACACUCCUACCUGGACAUGGACUCAUACCCCAACAACGCUGGGAAUCUUAAAUUGAGCCAGACGUCUCCAGAGUUGCCCCCCACCACUGAGGGGGGAGCCGCCCCACCCCACAAAGACAUGCCCAAUGCCCACUCCCAGCAGCAGGUCACUGCACGGCCCAAGCCCAUGACUCACCAGUUGUCCAGCCCUGAUUUCCAUGGUGAGGAGAAGAGCGAGCAGGUGACCAGCAUUGGCCAAAUCAAACCGGAACUCUACAGACUGCGUGGGGGCGACCAGGGGGAAGGGAAAGCAGGGGACAAUUGUGGCAAGAUCAGCUUCCUCCUGCGCUACGCCUUCAAUACAGAGCAGCUAGUGGUGAAGAUCCUGAAGGCUGUAGACCUGGCUGCCAAGGACGCCAACGGCUUCUCAGACCCCUACGUUAAGAUCUACCUACUGCCAGACAGGAAGAAGAAGUUCCAGACCAAGGUCCACAGAAAGACCCUAAACCCUAUCUUCAACGAGACGUUCCAGUUCGGUGUCCCCCUGGCAGAGCUGCACUCCCGGAAGCUACACUUCUCUGUCUACGACUUUGACCGCUUCUCCAGACACGACCUGAUUGGCCAGGUGGUUGUGGACAACCUUCUGGACUUCAGCGAGGGCACAGGGGAAAAGCCUGUCUGGAGGGACAUAGUGGAGGGCACAGCGGAGAAGGCUGACCUGGGGGAGCUGAACUUCUCUCUGUGUUACCUGCCCACGGCAGGUCGGCUCACCGCGACUGUCAUCAAGGCCACCAACCUCAAAGCCAUGGACCUCACCGGCUUCUCAGACCCAUACGUGAAGGCUUCUCUGAUAUGUGACGGCCGCAGACUAAAGAAGAGGAAGACCUCCAUUAAGAAGAAUACGUUGAACCCCACCUACAACGAGGCUCUAGUCUUUGACAUCCCUCAUGAGGACAUCGACAGGGUGUCCAUCAUCAUCGCUGUCAUGGACUAUGACUGUAUUGGUCAUAAUGAGGUCAUAGGAAUGUGUCGUGUGGGCAGUGACGCUGAGGGUCCUGGGAGGGAGCACUGGACUGCCAUGCUGGCCAACCCCCGCAAGCCCAUAGACCACUGGCACCAGCUCGUCGAGGAAAAACUUGUGGCCUCAUUUGUGUCAAAGAGUCCCGCAGCCUCUCCCAAGCCUCACAUCGUGGUGGACAGUCCUCACUCUGAGUAGAACUGUUAUUAUCAUCUUUCCAGUUCCAGACUUUCUUUCUGCUCAUCUGUGAAUAAUUCUCUCCAUCAAACAAAGAGAGAUAAGGAGACACAUCGACUGCUACUGCUGUUCUACUGCUACUGCUGAAUAUUCCAACUCCUGUCCUGUCGCAACGAAGCACAGGAAUACAGAAUCUACACUCUAUACAAGCAACACUUAGAACUCUGAGACACACACGCACGCACGCACACACACGCACGCACACACACACACACACACACACACACACACACACACACACACACACACACACACACACACACACACACACACA